CGUUUGCCAUGAAACAGCUCAGGGGACAACUCAAAAACCUCUCCAUCAAAACGGCAAUGGCGCCUUAACCGAAACCCUAACCUGAAAUCUCCUCCCGCCAAAAGCGUCGAUUCCAUAUUCCCUCUCAUCCCUCCGCCGUCGCCGGAGCUUCAACGAUGUUCGGAUCCGCCUCCUCAACCCCCGCCUUCGGCGCUCCGCCCUCCACCCCGGCCUUCGGCGCUCCGCCCUCCACACCGGCCUUCGGCGCUCCGCCCUCCACACCCGCCUUCGGCGCUCCGCCCUCCACACCCGCCUUCGGCGCUCCGUCCUCCACCCCGGCCUUCGGGACUCCCUCCUCGACUCCCGCCUUCGGGACUCCGUCCUCGGCUCCCGCCUUCGGCACUCCGUCCUCGACUCCGGCAUUGGGCAGUGCGCUCUUCUCCACUCCUUUCUCUGCUCAGACUCAGCAGCAGCAGCAGACCCCUCUGUUCUCGCAACCUCCAUCGACUGGCUUUGGUUUCCAAACUCCGUUUACUGCACUGCAGCAAUCACAACAGCCGCAGCAGCAGCCUGCUACUCCCUUUCCCGGCGGGCAGCUCACCACUCAGAUGGCUCCGGUGGCUCCUCUCGCUUUCUCUCUCGCUGAUCGCGACAUUCAGGCGAUAGUUGAUGCUUACAAGGAGGACCCCGGAAACCCUAAGUACGCCUUCAAGCAUCUGUUGUUCAGUGUCACUGAUCCACAUUAUAGAGUGAAGCCAGCUGGUGUGUCAGAUGUCAUGUGGGCAGAGGCUAUGGGCAAAUUGGAAGGGAUGGAGAGCACUGAUAGAGAACGCCUGUGGCCUGAGCUUGUGCAGGGUUUCAAAGAUCUUUCGAACCGCCUUAAGCUCCAGGAUGAAGUCAUUAUUUCAGAUGCAGAGAGAUUGCGAAUGACACAAACCAAUGUGAAAAUGCUUCAGAGGCAUUUUCAAGCUGACACUCUACCUUGGAUCCAAAGAAUGAGGCAGAAAGAACAAGGCCUUCAAAGGCGCCUCUUGAGGGUAAUGAGAAUAAUUGAGGCAUUGGAGAGUAAGGGCUGUCGAUUGCCUCUAGUUAAGGGCGAAGCAGAAUUAGCUGAGAAGCUCGCUGCAGUUACUCGGCAGCUCAAAGGAUCUGGAGCGGAACUUUCUAGGAGAGUUCAGAACCUCCUAGCGAUAUCUCGAGCUCAAGCCAAUGGGAUUGGUGGUGCUUCUAUGUAUCUCCCAGGGUCAACAAAGAUACAUGACCAGAGUCUAGCUGAUUUACAAGAGGUUUUACAACAACAGACAGAGGCCACUGCAAGGCUCGGGAAUGUAUUAAAGCGAGAUAUAAGAGAUAUGGAAAUCAUAAUGGCUGAAGACACAGAUAUGGCAGAUGGCAUUUGAAAGAGCCAAAGCAGCGGGUUGAUCUCCUGCAUUUUGUCUAACUGAUGAAAUUAUAUCGUCCGGGUUCCAAUCAAUUUCCAAUUUUAUAGUUUCUUCCGGAAA